CUCAGCGGAAUAUUAACUAAGCUCAUUUCUUUUUUUCUUUUUCUUUUUUUUUCGGGGUAUGAUAAUCGCUCCAAACGAUUUAAUUCUAACAUAAUCAUAGCUACAUGCAAUCAAUUCCAGUCUACUGCAAUAUGAUCUAUGUUUCAUUGAUAUAAGUAGUUAGUUAGAGUGUAGACGGUGCAGACACACUUCGAGGAAAUGUGUAUUCUGUGUGAAUAAAUAACACACGAACUGGAGGAAAAUUAUAAUUGAUUAAUCAUAAGUUCCUUUUGGUGAAUUCCGGCAGUAUAUUUAGAGAAUUCUUGAUAAUUUAACAAACAAAUAUCAUCACGAUAACGUUAUGCUAACACCGAUUCGAUAUUGGGGAAAAUAUCUAGCUCCAGUGCUACUUUUGGUCAUCUUCCUGUAUUUAUCAAUAGUUCCACAGACUACAAAUGUUAUCAAAGCAGAAAAUAAAACGGUCACAUUAAAUAAACCAGUUUACAAACCUCCUGAGAAGGUACCAGUUGAACCAGUUAAUAUAAAUGAUUGGAAUGUAAAACUUCCAGCAUAUAACAUGUCAAUAAAUGUUACUGAAACUGACUGGUGGAGAUCAGCUGCUUUCUUCAAAUGGGACCUUCAACACAGAUCCAUAGAUUAUCGUUGUAAACGAUUCAAGUCAGUUGGAAAUUGGUGGAUUUGCUUGGAUUCAGGAUACAAAAUUAAGAAACCUUGUCUUGUAUAUUCUUUUGGUAUAGGUUUUGAUUUUCGUUUCGAUGAUGCAAUGGCUAGUCUCGGCUGUGAGGUGCAUUCUUUUGAUCCGAGUAUGAAAAUGAAGGAACAUGUACGUAAUACGUCUGUGGUUUUCCAUCCAAUUGGUCUCAGUCAUAGUAAUUCAAAACAGUUUUCUCCUCGACGGGAUAAUUAUGUCAGACGAAAUACAACAUGGCCAGUAAUGAAUUUAAAAACUAUAAUGGAUUUACUAGGACAUAAAGGGAGAACAAUUGAUGUUUUAAAAAUUGACGUCGAAGGAUAUGAAUGGAAUAUCAUCAAAUACUUGCUGCAGGAAAACCUCUUCCAGAACAUUAAACAAUUUAUGUUGGAAUACCAUUUGUUUCCCACAUGGCCUUCUAAAGAAGAUUAUCCAAAGCUGUUAAAAAUUUACAAAUCAUUACAUGAUAUUGGAUUACUUAAAUUUGUGACAGCCAUGCACCCACUUAAUCUUAAACCGAAAUCAUUUAAUAUACAAGCUGAUGUUGCCUAUGUAAAUAUUCUUUUUAAAUCAAACUCGGGGAAACCUAUAGAAAAUCUAUAAUAAAAGUGUGUCUUCCAUUUGAUGUAUAGGCAAUAAUUUACAUGGACAUAAAGCCUGUAUGUAUGUUGUUAAAUUAAUUUGAACGUACUAAUCGUUUACAAUUAUACUUAUUGUGUAAUGUAAAAUACUGGUUUUAAAUUAUUUGUGAACUUCUGGAAAGGGGCAAUUCUGUCAUACGUCAUUGCAAAAAACAUUAACGAUCGCACAUACAGUUUUCAUUUGCAUUGUUUAUUUUAGUAGCAUGUUUUUUUUUAAAUAUGUUAACACAUUAAAGUCACAUGAAUGCUGGUAUUAUAUUACACGUGAGCUUGAAUUCAAACAAACCAAUAAAUCAAAGAAAGAAAGAUAGGUGUGAAUAUUUUUGAGAGAAAAAUACUUCUUAUAAUAUGAAGCAUAAUUUUAUUCUCAAUAUAUCACUUAUUCGACCACGGCUGUCCUUCAGUAUAUCCAGAAAACUUCCCAGACCACGGCUGUCAUUCAGUGUAUCGGGAAGACUUCCAAGACCACGGCUGUCAUUCAGUAUAUCGAGAAGACCUCCCAUACCACGGCUGUCAUUCAGGAUAUCGAGAAGACCUCCCAAACCACGGCUGUCAUUUAGUAUAUCGAGAAGACCUUCCAGACCACGACUGUCUUUCAGUAUAUCGGGAAGAUCUCCCAGACCACGGCUGUCAUUCAGUAUAUCAAGAAGACGUCCCAGACAACGGCUGUCAUUCAGUAUAUCGGGAAGACCCCCAAGACCACGGCUGUGAUUCAGUAUAUCGAGAAGACUUCCCAGACCACGGCUGCCAUUAAGUAUAUCGAGAAAACUUCCCAGACCACGGCUGUCAUUCAGUACACCGAGAAGACCUCCCAGACCACGGCUGUCAUUCGGUAUAUCGAGAAGACUUCCAAGACCAAGGCUGUCAUUCGGUGUAUCGAGAUGACUUCUCAGACCACGGUUCUCAUUCGGUAUAUCGAGAAGACUUCCCAGACCGCGGCUGUCAUUCAGGAUAUCGAGAAGACCUCCCAAACCACGGCUGUCAUUUAGUAUAUCGAAAAGACCUCCCAGACCACGACUGUCUUUCAGUAUAUCGGGAAGAUCUCCAAGACCACGGCUGUCAUUCAGUAUAUCGAGAAGACGUCCCAGACAACGGCUGUCAUUCAGUAUAUCGGGAAGACCCCCAAGACCACGGCUGUGAUUCAGUAUAUCGAGAAGACUUCCAAGACCACGGCUGCCAUUAAGUAUAUCGAGAAAACUUCCCAGACCACGGCUGUCAUUCAGUACACCGAGAAGACCUCCCAGACCACGGCUGUCAUUCGGUAUAUCGAGAAGACUUCCAAGACCAAGGCUGUCAUUCGGUGUAUCGAGAUGACUUCAUAGACCACGGCUCUCAUUCGGUAUAUCGAGAAGACUUCCCAGACCACGGCUGUCAUUCAGUAUAUCGGGAAAACUUCCCAGACCACGGCUGUCACUCAGUAUAUCGAGAAGCAUAAUCGUGAAAGAAUAAGUAACGGUGGUCAAGUAUUGUGAUCGAAUCGGGUCAAAAAAUGGUAUCGGACUGAGGAGAACAUUUCAUGGGGAUGACACCUGCAAUGUCGGUAUUUAAUCUAAUUUAUUAAAUUAUAAGGACAAAUAUUGGGGAAGGAAAUAUCUGUCAAAUUAAUACAACAAUAUGAUCAGUAUCUGAAAUAUCAAUCAACUAAUCUGGUGUGUUUUCGAAGGAAAAGUCCAGCAUUUUGAUGCUAUCAUCCUUGGUGUGAUUGUUUUUGAUACGUGUUGUUUCUUCACAAAGUUUGAUCUUUUUCAUGACCUAAAAAUGUAUUUUGAAUUUGCGCUUCCCAUUUUUAUAGAAAAGCUCUGUUUAACAAGAUGGAUGCCUUUUAAUUGAGAAUGGAAUAUAGUAGAGUAAAGCGUAGAAAAAUAAUACGUUUUGAAAUUACAGCAAAAUCGUAAAGAUUGUGUUCGAAGAUUUCGGAGAAGAUUCUUAGAAAUUUGAAGAAUCCACAUCUGAUUGACACCGUAAGUUGGACACACAUCAUCACCAUAUUUCUGAGGGACAAUUUUACUGUAGGAAGAAUGGGGUUAAGAACGUUAGAAACGUGUUUAGUCGAACAUCUUGACGAACCGGCUAUAUAUUGUUUUAUAAGGUUUUUGUUUUUUAGAUUAGAUACCUAGUUAAAAAAAACGAUGCAAUUAUCUAUAUUUGCCGUAUAAUUUAGUUUGCAUUUUUUAUCAUAAAAUAAUAUAACUAUCACUAUCAUGGCUAGAUAUUAUCGUUUUUUAGAUAGAACUAUUUUUGUUGAAUUUAUUUGGACGCGCAAAUCGUUUACAGUAAUGUAGAAUACUGGUUUUAAACGAUUUGUACACAUACCAUUAUUAAUGGAAAGGGGCGAUUCUGUCAUACGUCAUUGUACAAACAUUUCAUAAAAAUAAAGGAUUACACACACUU